UCUGACGGGCUGGGGCGAUUCUCGUGCAGGCCCAAGUGGAGGCGCUGAGGAGCCAGAACCUCUUCCUGGUGCUGGCCCUCAAGGCGCAGAGGGAGCAGGGCUGUGAACAGGACGACAGCCCCAUGGAGACUCCCAUGGAUAUGGAGGGGAUGUUGGAGGAGUGCUGGCCACCCUGGAGGAGGAGCAUUAGCCCCCGCCAGGAAAAGGAGGCAGGGUCCCACGAGGACAAGGGGACCCAGACCAACCUGCCCCUCCCUGCAGAAGCCAGCACCCAGGCAGAGGGCCCUGGGCAUGAACACGCCAGCACCCAGACUGGGCCCCUCUGCCGGGCUGAAGUGGGGUGCGAGACAGAACCCCUGCCCGUCAUGGAGGUGAGCACUCAAACAAAGGCUCGGCUCUGUCAAAAACGACGAGGACACGGGGAACGUUACCCUUGUGCAAACAGGAGCAGAUGCCCCUCCCAGGGGACGGAUGCAGGGACCCAGGCCAGCCUGCCCUGCACCAGAGAGGCCAGCACCCAGGCAGAGGGCCCUCGCCAUGCAGACACUUGCACCCAGACCAGGGCCCUCUGCCUGGCUGAGGUGGGAUGCCAGGCUGGCCCGGGGAUGAUGUUGGAGGCAAGCACCCAGACCAAGGGGCAUCAUUGUCUAAGGUGGACACGACAGGGGGAAAGUGCUGACACGGCGGCAGAGGGGAGGAGGCGAAGGUGGGGAGCACUGAGCAGGUUUCACCUGGCCUGGAUGGUCCCGUGCUGUUUUGCCCCCAGAUGAACGGCUGAACUCCUCCCGUCCCCAUGCCCCCCUGUCCUCCCUGUUCGUGAUGCAUCUGCGAGCACAUGAUAGACACCGGCACUCAGGUGUCCCUCCAUCCUCCCCUGCCUGAUCCAGGAUGGGCCCACAGGAUGCCAGUGUUGGUGCUUUUGCCUCUCUGAGCAUACAGGUUUAGAUGCUGUAACAAGAAGAGUGGUCUAUCAAAGUCCCAGGAAGCUACAUACUGACACCAGGACUGAUCCUGCUCUAAAGCCCCAGGGAGCCAACACGACUCCAUGAGCCCAACCUGGCAGUUGCACACCCGCUCCCAGCAGGUCCCAGCCGUCUCCUUUGUAUCAGCGGUUCCCUCCGCACAGACCGCUGCCCAAGAUGCACGUUCCUGAAUCCAAUGUCCAAGGCCCGGGCAGAGUCCGCAGGAGUCCACGCGUGCUCCUGGUGUCAUCCUCAUGUCUGGCACAAAUGCCAGGGUGGCACUUUCCUGUGACUUGAUGAGAGACCAAGCGCUGGCUCCAACUUCACAGUAGCUCCAACUUCACAGGAGUGUGUCAUCAUCACAAAAGGCACCGGGAGUGUUCGUGCGUGAUUUGAUAGUUUGAUAAAAUUAUAUGCCUGGUUCAGCAACAAA